GGGAAAAGCCGCAGGAACGAAAGCUGCCGAAGUGUCGAACGAAGUACGAAAGUCCCGAAAAUACACAGAAUCCGCGUGUUAAACCUGCGCGGGGAUGGAAGUUUAAUCUAAAACCUCUGGAAGUUAAUCCUUUUGGAAUAAGAAACUCAAAGAAACUUGCUUUUCCUGGAAUAUCGACCGUAGGAAUACUUCGCCAGCCCCUCGGAGCCUUCCCGCAAACUGCCACCGUGGUCCGUUAACAUUCAGGGCUGAAAAGUUUCUGGCUCACCUGAAUAUCAAAGGCUCUCAGUCCUGACCACAGCUCCCCCCGCCCCCCACCUCCGUCCUCCGUCCUCCUCUGAAAAGUCUGAGCAGGAAAUAAAGCAUCGGAGGAGUUUUUCCGUCUCCGCAGGCUCAGAGGAAACAUCGCCGAGCUUCCUGGCUGUCAGCUGAGUGUCAGAGGGGAAGUGGAGGGUCUCACCUGAGGCAGGUCCAUGUCUCCGGCACUCAGCAUGAGGCUCUGAGGAGGCGGUGGGAUUUUAAAUAAAGCUGGUUCAAACACGAGGAGGAGUAUGGGGAAGGAGCAGGACCUGCUGCAGGCGGUGAAGAGCGGAGACCUGCUGUCCACGCAGAAACUUCUGUCCAAACUCAAAACCAACAGGAACAAGUUGCUGGGCUCCACCAAGAGACUGAACGUGAACUACCAGGACUCAGAUGGGUUUUCAGCCCUGCACCAUGCUGCUCUCACAGGGACCACAGAGCUGCUGUCAGCGCUGCUGGAGGCUCAGGCCACCGUGGACAUCAAGGACACCAAUGGAAUGCGUCCGCUGCAUUACGCCGCCUGGCAGGGAAAAGCCGAAUCUGUACUGAUGCUGCUUCGCUCCGGAGCCUCGGUCAACGGAGUCUCGCUGGACGGACACAUCCCUCUGCACCUGGCCGCUCAGUACGGACACUAUGAAGUGUCUGAGAUGCUUCUGCAGCAUCAGUCCAACCCGUGUCUGGUCAACAAGGCCAAGAAGACGCCUCUGGACCUGGCCUGUGAGUUUGGAAGAGUCAAGGUGGCCCAGCUGUUGCUGAGCAGUAACAUGGUGGUGGCGUUGUUGGAAGGUGAGAGGAAGGAGCCGACGGACUCGGCCUUCACCACCCCGCUGCACCUCGCCGCCCGCAACGGGCACAAAGACAUCAUACGGCUGCUGCUGAAGGCCGGCAUCGACAUCAACAAGACCACCAAGUCCGGAACGGCUCUGCACGAAGCCUCUCUGUACGGGAAAACAGAGGUGGUCCGCCUGCUGCUGGACGCCGGAGUGGACGUGAACAUCCGAAACACCUACAACCAGACGGCGCUGGACAUCGUCAACCAGUUCACCACCUCACACGCCAGCAAGGACAUCAAGCAGCUGCUCCGAGAUGCCACGGGGGUUUUGCAGGUCCGAGCUCUGAAGGACUACUGGAACAUCCACGAUCCCACCGCCCUCAACAUCCGAGCCGGAGACAUCAUCAUGGUGUUGGAGCAGCACAUGGACGGACGCUGGAAGGGCCACAUCCACGACAGCCCGAGAGGGAUGGACCGCGUCGGCUUCUUCCCUCCGUCCAUCGUGGAGGUCAUCAGCAGAAGAAAUGGGGGCACCCUGUCCCGGCACGCCUCUCUGCCCACCCAGCGCCAGCAGCAGCUGUCCAGAGCCCCCCUCUCCUCCAGCCUCAGCUCUGCUCCUCAGACCGACGACUCCUACACUCUGUACGCCCCCCCCACCCACGUGGUGCUGCCGUUAGCCAACGGCCUCACUACCAACACAGGUCUGUCUCCGAGCCGCCUGUCUCAGUCCGGGUGUCCCUUCGAGGACAUCUGGGUUCUCAGGGACUCGUGUCAUGCUGGAGACAGGAACAGCGUCGGCAGCACCGGCAGCGUGGGCAGCACCCGCAGCGCCGGGAGCGGACAGAGCACCGAGAGCAACAGCGCACCCAACGGGCUCCAGCACCACACCGGUCACCAUGACAACGCCAACAAGCCGGCGCCCUCUGCUGCUGAUCCUGGACACUCAGACCUCAGCAAACAGCCUGAUCAUCCUGCAGGUGGGACUCCUCGCAGGCAGACGGUGACGGUGCAGAGAGCUGCGGAGCAAAGCUUCUCCCAGCAGUUUGUUCGCCCUCAGCAGCUGCUGGAGGGAAAGGAUGCAGAGGCCAUCUAUCAGUGGCUGAGUGAGUUCCAGCUGGAGCAGUACACCCCCAACUUCAUCAGUGCAGGUUACGAUGUGCCGACCAUCAGCAGGAUGACUCCUGAGGAUCUGACCGCCAUCGGAGUGACCAAACCAGGCCACCGCAAGAAAAUUUCCAUUGAGAUCAACAACCUGAACAUCCCAGAGUGGCUGCCUGAAUACAUCCCAUCUGACCUGGGUGAGUGGCUCAGUGCCAUCGGUCUCCCACAGUACCAAAAAAAACUCUCUGAAAACGGCUACGACUCCAUCAGCAUCGUCAAAGACCUGACGUGGGAGGAUCUGCAGGAGAUCGGCAUCACCAAGCUGGGCCACCAGAAGAAGCUGAUGCUGGCAGUGAAGAAGCUGUGUGACAUCCAGAGGGCGAUCCUUCAGGCUGAAUCAGGCCAAGGCACGCUGCGACGCAAAGGCCCCGGAGCCCUUCACCUGGUCACCAUCGAGCCGUCCGACUCUGCAGGCGAGUGCUCUUCUCCUCACACCCCAAAGAUGCUGACCUUCCAGGACAGCGAGCUGAGUGCCGAGCUGACGACGGCCAUGUCCAGCCACUAUGGAGGCUGCGAGGAAGGUUUGGCCAUCAAGAACGCAGUGGGAAUGUCUCAGAGCCAGGAAAGCAUUGACACCCGGUCCAGAGGCUCCGGCCGCUCCCAGGAUCCUCCCACAGCUUCCAUCACCCCCCACAGCUGGUCCCAGGAGAGCCUGGACGGCAGCCCUGCCAAGGAGAGGAACCUCCCUGAGGGCUGGGACCAGAGGCCUCUGCAGCAGCAGCCGCUGCCCAAGCAGGUGCCUCUGGGCACAGCCACCGUGUUCAAGUACCCGGCCAUCCCAGCCAAGCCUAAACUGUCCGGAUCUCGUGGCCCGUCCCCUCACGGCUCCCCGGCACUGAAGGGUUUCAGCUACCUGCAUUCUCACUGUGGCUCCACAGACCUGGGCUCAUCCCCCAGGCAUGAGGACCACACCGUGAGCCAGGCACCGCCCAAGAAGCGCACCCAGAGUAUGACCCGCUACGCUCUGUCGGACGGAGAGCCUGACGAGGACGAUGAGGAACCGGCACUUCCUUCUGGAAACCUGCCGUCCUACGCCACCUUAACUCGCAAGCCAGGCCGCAGCCAGUUGGCUCGAUUACAGUCGAGUCCAGAAAAGAACAGCAACGUGGGACGCAGUCAGUCGUUUGCAGUGCGUGCACGGAAGAAAGGUCCUCCUCCUCCCCCGCCAAAGAGGCUGAGCUCAGUGAGCAGCACCACCAGCGGGGAGCUGAGCGACAGCAGCACGACGUCGUCUCCGGGCAGGGUGGUGACUGACAGUCCAGGGAGUGUGAGGAGCAUCACUGCAUCUCUGGAAGGAAGCGUAGAGGGGAAGAACCCCCCAGGACCUAAACCGGACAUCAUCCACCAACAGCAGCCACCCUCCUCCCUCAUCUCUGCAGGGCAGGAACCCAGAGAGGCUGCAGGGGUGAGGCGGAGGGUGCAGAGCGAGUGUAUUCCCACCAAGACCAGCACUGAGCCGGACCGAGGGGUGAAGUCUGACUCAGAGGAGGAAGAAUCAAAAGGUCAGGGACUGCAGGGCUCCUCGUCCCCUCAGAACAGUUCCAGCGAGUGCAUCCCCUUCGCAGAGGAGGGCAACCUGACCAUCAAACAGAGGCCUAAAGCUCCAGGGCCUCCCAGGGCUGAGGCUGUACUGGAGCCCCCAGAGAAACCAGCAGCCAAGAACCUGGAGGUGCCCGAGUUUAAUCUGAAGGAGUCGGACACGGUGAAGCGCCGACACAAACCCAAAGACAAGGAGCAGGGAGGAGGCUCCCCCAGCAGAGAGGGAGCAGGGACAUCAGGGUCAGAGUCCAGCAGCAGCAGGCCUCCAUCCCAGAGCCAGGAGGACGUCAGUCUGAGCAUCAGUGAGGCCAGUCUGGAGACGCCAGCCAGUCCAGCUACAGGGUCCCCUAUCAAACCUCCGCUGUCCCCGAAACCUCCUGCUGUUGCCCCAAAACCUGUCCGCCACAGUCUGCUGGCUGCACAAGCAGCUGGACUGUCCUCUCCAGCUGUGACAGUCAGUGUGGUUCAGAGUUUGGCCUUUGCUGCUCCGUCCUCUCCGGCUCCGGCCCCCGCUCCGGCCCCGGCUCCGGCCUCAGCCCCUCAGAGUCCCUCUCUGACAGCAGCGAGGCCUCAGGUGUGUGUGGUGGGUCCGGGUCCUGUCCCUGAGUCGUCCUGUGGGACUGAGGUGGUUCAGCAGAGACUGGAUCAGACCAGCACGUCUCUGGAAGCUGCUCUGAAGGCUGUUGAGAGGAAACUGAACUUGGAGGACAACCCGGACGGCAGAGCAAACACAGUGAAGUCUGCAGGGACCAUCCUGGAUGACAUCGGCAACAUGUUCGACGACCUGGCCGACCAGCUGGACGCGAUGUUGGACUGAAGGUCUCCCAUAACAAACCAAGUACCCUCCUUCAACCUCAGGAAGUGAAACACAGACACAGGAAAAGGAGGGCUGAUGGAGGGACUGCCCCACCGGUGUUUUACCCCCCACUCUGAGCUCCACAGUCGGAGAAGUCAGACGCUUCUCUGUGUGUGAACGCCAGCACUUAGUCUCCACUGUGCUUCCUCAGCAACACUCACAAACAUUUCAGUCUGAAAGCAGCUGAAUCUGGUUUCUGUUCAGCACAAACCUUUUCAAUCCGCCUCAAACAGGAACCAUCAGUGUGAUCCUAUCAGCCCAGUGUGAGGAGAAGCUGAUUAUUACGAUUAUUAUUAGACACUAAUACUGUAACAUAACGUUUUAUCUUUUUGAAAUUAUAGAGAGCUGAACGCCUGAUGUCACUUUUAAUGAUGAACCCACAGAAAAAUAUCACCAGACUCUGCAGGUUCCCUCCCUCUGUGGAGCCUUUUAGCCUCUUUUAGCUCCUAGUUUUGGUUUCCUGUCUGGUUCUCAGCUGUUUUCAGAGAAACAUCUGUAGACAGCCUCUGUCCUCGACCUGCUGAGCAGCUGGUGGAGACCAAACGCAGAGCUAAAGGAGAGGGAACACUGGACUUUCAUUCUUUAUCAUCAUCGUUUCAAAGCUGAAACUGACUGACAGCCGUUAUCGCAGCUUUAACAAAGCUGGACGAUUUUGUUCGGACACCUGGAGGUCCCAUGACCUCAGUGCAGCGCAGCAGUGCAUCAUACGUCGCUGUAACAGAUGUUCAAACCAAAAACAGUGCUGCUGUAAAACACGCAGCCAGCAGGUGGUGGAGGUGCUCUGGCAACAAGCCUCGUGAAAUACCUGUGGAUCCGUCUGCUUCGUUCUCUGUGCUGCCGACAGGUGUUUGACAGGUGUUCGACUGGUGACCGACAGGUGGUCGACAGGUGUUCGACAGGUGUUUGACAGGUGUUCGACUGGUGACCGGCAGGUGGUCGACAGGUGUUCGACUGGUGACCGACUGGUGACCGACAGGUGUUCGACUGGUGACCGACACUGUAACUGUAGCACAGAAAACCAGGCCCAGCCUGCAGAAACCAGCACUGUGAACACGCCUGUUCCACGACAGGAAGGACGUUCGUUACCACUGAAACCUGCAAUAAGCAACUAUAUGAAACUGAUUUUUAAACUCUGACCGUGCUAAUCCAGGCGUACGGAGCGGAAUCAGCACACGUCUCUGAUUCAGUUUUCCUCCAGCUUCACUGCGGCUCGCUUUUCACCGUGUCUGACCUUUUCAAAUUUUACAUUUAUAGUAUUUAAACAAAUCUAUUUUGUUCCAAGUGAUCUUAACCAUGCGUAGUUAGUCUUCCCCUCUGCUCAGUGCCAGUAUGUAUGACCUUUUCUACAGGUGUGUGUGUGGUUCUGAAGCUACAGAAACCCAGAACAGUGCUGCCUGAUGCUGUUUAUACAAAGGGAAGAGAAGCAUGUUCAGCUCCUCUCACAGGUGGAGUCGGUCUUUGUGUGUACAGUGGAUGACGGCAUGUGACAUGUCAGUAAUAUACAGACUAUUUUUUGAUAUUCAGUUUAACCAAUUUAGUAUUUAAAUUAGCGUUAUCUAAAUGUGUAUAUUGUACACCAGAGAUAUAUACAGGAGCUGAUAUUCACCAAAGGUCUUUGUACAGAUUCUCCUCAGAUAUUUUCACAAACGUUUGCUCUAAAGAAAACUCAGACUCAUGAGCUGUUGUCCUCCUUGUUGUUGUGAGAUGUGUGUGAAAUGUUUUCGUGUCCAGCCUGCAGCAUAUGGAUGAACCUUCCGUAUUUAGCAUGCCAUAGCUCUGUUUGAACACGUUCAGUUUGUGACAAAGAUUGUUAAGCCUGGUGUGUUUGGUUGUGUCUUGUGAUCAUGUGACCUCGGUGUGAGUGAGAUGCUCUGUUAGAUUUUCUUUGUCGCUCAGUCUCAGGAAAAAAAUCGCCCCGGACCUGAACCCGAACCCGUCAGCUCCUCCGUGUUCUCCUGCUCUCAGAAUGGAAGAUU